ACUUCCUCUGCCCUUGUAUUUGGCCACCACUUUCCUCUCACUCAGGUCAAAGUUGCCCUAGGAAUUCACUCACCAACUUCAUUGCCACACCCCAGAUCCGGGCUCCCGUCGUUAAACGCGCACCACGCUAUUGUCUUUCGCGAGCUUUGUGUGCCGUGAUUUGAUUCCAUUCGCCCUGGCCUUUCUUCUCUCUCACUUCCUAUUGCUAACUCUGGAGUCGAACCUCCUCCGCGCGCUUCGCGGAUGUCGACCGCAAACAUGAUGCCCAACACCUGGAGCCAGGCCGCUGGCAUCCCGCCUGCGCCCAUCGCAUAUCCGACCUACCCCAUGACUGCGGCUCCAGCAUACACUGCCGUUCCUGUCCGUCAAUCUUUCGGAUCCGUAGCCCCCACCCAAGCCCAGUACUCGGCAUCUCCGACUUCAUACGGCGCACAAACCGCAGAGGCUUCCCCUGCUAGUAGUGCUCCGGCGGCGGAGCAGUCGAAGAAGAUCGACUGGCCACUCUCGGUUAGGCAAUAUGUGGCCAGGUCCUUCAUGCCCGACAAAAUGGACCACACGGUUGACCGCGCCGAAAUGGAGGCCAAGCUGAAGGAGACUAUUUCGCAUGCCCAUCAGACAGGUGUUAUGUACACCAUGGAUUGGGACAAGAUGCCUCUCCCCCAGGAGCUGAUCAAGCGCGAACGCCUGGCAUCUCUGAUGUCUACUACUGUCGCCCUACCCAAGGACCCCUGGGGCGUGGCCACACCGGCGCCGAAGAAAAGGAAGUCCGGCGACAUGUCCACUGACAUGAGCUCUGGGGUACCGCCGUGGCAAACUGCCAAGGCGAGCAGCGGCCUUGAGGGCCGUGUCUCAUAUUCGACGCCUGACAAACGUGCCGCUCCCGACGAUUCAUCCAGCAAAAGCAUGAGUAAGUUCCAGAAGCAACUGGAGAAGCGCCAACGUCGGUUCGAUGGCGGCUACAAGUCGAGCUACCGGUCCCCGAGCCCUCCUCCUUCGGACGGCCCCAUUGUGGGGACCAGCCAGACGUUGGAGAAGCGUUACCUUCGCCUGACGGCUCCCCCCGUCGCGUCCAAUGUGCGUCCUCAGGCGGUUCUGCAGCAGACGCUUGAACUUCUCAAAAAGAAGUGGCGGAAGGAGUCGAACUACGCAUACAUCUGCGAUCAGUUCAAGUCGAUGCGUCAGGACCUCACCGUUCAGCGCAUCAAGAAUGAGUUCACCGUUUCCGUCUACGAGAUCCAUGCCCGAAUCGCUUUGGAAAAGGGGGACCUGGGUGAGUAUAACCAAUGCCAGACCCAGCUGCGUGCUUUGUACCAGCUGGGCUUGAAAGGAAACCCCCUUGAGUUCAAAGCGUAUCGUAUCCUGUACUUCAUCCACACUGCCAACCGUUCAGCCUUGAACGACGCCAUGGCAGACCUAACCACAGCAGAGAAGGAGGAGCGCCCGAUCAAGCAUGCCUUGAAUGUGCGCUCUGCCUUGGCCCUUGGCAACUACCAUCGCUUCUUCCAGCUCUAUUUGGAUACGCCCAACAUGGGUGCCUAUCUAAUGGACAUGUUUGUCGGCCGUGAACGUCUUGCGGCUCUGUGCAAUAUUUGCAAAGCAUACAAGCCUGACGUGAAACUCCGAUUCAUCACGGAGGAGCUAGGCUUUGAGUCCGACGCCGAAGCCGUGCAGUUCAUCAUCGACAACAACGGCCAAGACCUGCUCGAUGAGCGUGCUGAUCACAUCGCCUUCCUUGCUGGGAAAGCUGGCCAGCUCUUCGACCACGCGAGGAAAGAGGCCUUCCGUAGAGUUGACAUCAAAGGCCAAAUAUGAAGCCCGAUCCCAACCACCAGCCCGACAUCUUUUAUUUUCAGUUACACUUGCACAAUACCCCUCCCACUACUCUCUCAGUCCAUCGCUCUCUCCGUCGGCAUCCGUUCGAUGCGGAUGCGGUUACUCGGUAACGACAAGAGUCGAACCGCCUCGAGUCCUUGCGUUCAGCAUCUAUCGAGUCUCAAAAGCUCUCUCGCAUGUCCCUGCUCGGAUUAUGUCACACUUCAGGCACGGCGGGAGUAACCGCAAUCCGAUUCCGCCCGAAACUACCGCCCUUCGGCCCAGUCCGACACCUGGCAUCCGUUCUAUCUUCGUAUCUACGCAUUUCUUCCCCUCAAUCUAACGUCGAGACCUACUCAGUAAUCCCCAGCCGGGGCUCGAAGUGUACGCUCACAGUACCGCACGACUAAUAAAGAAUGGCGGGGGAGCACGUGGAUAUGUUUUUAGCCUUGUGGCAGGGUUGGGGACUUGGAUGUAGCAUACCCGCUUCUGCGUUCUUUCUUAUUUUGCGCGUUUGGCUGGACUUGGGAACUCGACGUCGGAUGGCCGAGCAACCUCCAAGUACCUUUGCCUAACUAUCUGGUUUAUGAUGGCGUCUCUUUUUUUUGUUUGGUGUCGACGGGGAAAAGCACGCUCGUGGAGUUGGGGUAAUAAGGCAUGCUCUUACUUGGUCUUUUAUAAGAGUAUUGGUUUAAUCCAUCUACCGAACCAGCUUCAACCUGUUUUAGUCGUCGUGGGGCGACUAGGUAGGUAGUUUGACUGGCAGCGGCAAAUCCAUCAUCAAUUGUUUCGUCAUGUUUCCUGAUCUGAGCGGGAUCGAUGCAGACCCAGGCAGAUCUAGGACCCAUGUCAUGAAAGCCAAGGCUCAAUGCUUAGCCAGAGGUCGCAGCGUCCAUGGAUCGAGA